UUCUCCAUCUAAUCAAAGAACUAAGUCUCAAGAGAAAUAAUAUGGAGAAACUCUUAUCAACAAAAAGAGACAUGAAAUUUGUACCAGAGGCAUACAUAAUGCCACCUGACACUAGACCUGGCAACACCAAAGUCCCAAUAUGUGAGAACAUUCCUGUGAUUGAUCUCAAAGCAGAUCCAACUAAACUCUCUCACCAAAUCUUAGAUGCUUGCAAAGAAUUUGGAUUCUUCCAGCUGAUCAAUCAUGGGGUUCCAGAGAAGAUGUUAAGGGAUGUGUUAGAAGUGACUAAGGAAUAUUUUAAGUUACCAGCUGAAGACAAAGCAAUCAUGUUCUCUGACGAUAUCAACCAAAGUAGUAGGCUACAUACCAGCAUGGAUUAUACGAAAGAGCAGCUUCAUUACUGGAGAGAUGCUUUGAAACACCCUUGUCAUCCUUUAGAGAAACACAUUCAAUCUUGGCCUCAAAAACCACCUCAAUAUCGAGAGGUGAUGGGGCCAUACUCAGUUGAGGUUAGGAAUCUGAGCUUGUGUCUUUUGGAUCUGAUAAGUAAAGGAUUAGGACUUGAACCAGGGUACUUCAGCCAAGAAAGUGAACAGUUUGAAGUUCGUAUGUCUGUAAACCAUUAUCCACCAUGUCCAGAUCCAAGCUUGACAUUAGGACUACCUAAACAUGCUGAUGUUGUCCUACUAACUCUUCUUCUCCAACAAAUGAAUGGUCUCCAAAUACUCAAAGAUGGCCAGUGGCUUGCAGUUGAGCCUCUACCCAAUGCCUUUGUUGUCAACAUAGGCCACACUUUAGAGAUUAUUAGUAAUGGAAAGCUAAGAAGUGUUGAGCACAGAGUUGUGACAAACCAAAAGCUUGGGCGGACAACAAUAAGCAGCUUCAUAUUACCUUGCCAAGGUUAUCAAGUUGAACCUGGAAAAGGGCUAAUCAAGGACGACAGUCCUCCACUGUAUAAAUCGUUCAUAUUCAAAGAUUUUCUGGCCACUUAUAUAACAGAUACUUGCCAGAGAAAAUCACCACUCGACCGCUAUAAGCUCAUUUAAAGCACACUUCAUAAUAUUAUAUAUCUACAUGGGGUUAUGUAGCUCUAGCUAGCUUGGCAGACAUUUGCUCCACUUCUACUUCUGUCAACUUUAAAGUGUUGUCUACUUUGGUUUGUAAUAUUAUGUACUACAAGUUUCUAAAAUUUUAAUAACAAUAGAAUUUGUGA